AUGAAACAGCGUACACUAGUUAAUCCUGAAAUGCUAGAUUUUUGCUUUUUGGCUGUCGAUGCUAUUCUUGUACUCCUUGCAACUGGCGUGCUUGAAGUGUAUUCUUUUAACGAGCGGGGUUUCACGUGUAUCGCGAGAUAUGCAUUACCAAAUGUGCGCCCGGAAUUCGUUUGCUCCGCUGAAGGCGGUGGCACCAUAUCUUGCAAUACUCCAUAUCUCCCUACCCCUCCCUGGAACGCCAGUUGGUUCGAGUCGCACCCUUUACCAUUCUACCCCAAUUCGCAGGAACGAACAUGUGCGAUCACAUUCGGUCACAUCUUCUUUAUUGAUAUGCGAAUCUUCUUCUCUUCAAGCGGGGUAUAUUCGACCCAACCGAACGCUUUUGGUGCAUCAAUACGUCCUUGGGCUUCCUGGGGCCCACAAAACUCGCGGUGCUUUCUCAGCGAUUGGCGGUUUGGAGUUUUCGGCAGUAAGACCGUCUCGGUCUAUCGUGUAGGCUACAGUCCUGCCUCGUUUCGACUGAGACUGCGUGAAUUCAAUCCCUAUCUUCUACAGCAGAACAAUUCAGGAGCGAGAAGUCGUGGCUGGGUUGUAACAACCCCCUCAACUAUAUCAGCGGGAAAUGCAUUUACAGAGGAUGUGACAACCUAUCUUCCAUACCGCGAGGUUAUCGGCGAGGUUGAACACAGGGUUAACCUUGACGAGUUGUCAGAAAUAUUAGUAGAUGAUUUGAGAGUUGUAAUCAUACGGGUGAGCUAUUACGAGAGUUUGCACGCCAUGCACAGCUAA